GCACCUAACCACAAACCAAACCCCCCAAUAGAGAGAGAAGAAGAAGAGAGAGAGAGAGAGAGAGAGAAAAUGGCCGUCUUGUCGUUUCAGAGCCCAACAAACUUCUCCGCAACCUCCAUCCCCGGUUCAUCUCGCCGCCGUUUCAACGCCACCGCCGGUAUAUCGUCGUCAUUAUCCGGCGACGGUCGUAUCUCCUCAAUGAUCCUCAGGUUCCCUCCCAAUUUCGUCCGUCAGCUGAGCAUCAAAGCCCGCAGAAACUGCAGCAACAUCGGCGUCGCGCAGAUCGUCGCCGCCAAGUGGUCCAACAACCCUUCCUCCGGUCUACCACCGGCGGCGGCGGCAGCCUCGUCUGCUUCCGCCGCCGCCUCAGCCCCCGCGGCUGCCGUUCCUCCUCCCGUGGCGCCAGUGAAUGGCGUUGAUGAGGAGGUUGUUACGGUGGCCGCCGAGGGGGCGAGGGAGAUAGGGUUGAAGAAGGAUUCAAAACCCUCGUUUUUGAGCUCCGAUGGGAGCCUCACUGUUCACGCCGGUGAAAGAUUAGGUCGUGGUAUAGUCACGGAUGCUAUCACUACUCCUGUAGUCAACACAUCUGCUUACUUCUUCAAGAAAACUAUUGAUCUUAUUGACUUCAAGGAGAAACGGAGUGUCAGUUUCGAGUAUGGUCGUUAUGGAAACCCUACGACUAUCGUACUUGAGGAUAAGAUAAGUGCACUUGAAGGUUCUGAAUCAACCUUGGUUAUGGCUUCUGGGAUGUGUGCAAGCACUGUUAUGCUUUUGGCUUUGGUUCCUGCUGGUGGACAUAUUGUCACUACUACUGAUUGUUACAGGAAGACUAGAAUCUUCAUGGAGAAUUUUCUUCCCAAGUUGGGGAUCACUGUUACUGUGAUUGAUCCUGCUGAUAUUGCGGGGCUUGAAGCUGCUGUGAAUAAGUACCAAGUUUCUCUGUUCUUCACUGAGUCACCAACAAACCCAUUCCUCAGGUGUGUAGACAUUGAGCUGGUUUCAGAAAUAUGCCAUAAGAGGGGAACUCUUGUUUGCAUCGAUGGCACCUUUGCAACACCUCUGAAUCAGAAAGCCCUUGCUUUUGGUGCUGAUCUUGUCGUCCACUCUCUUACAAAGUACAUCGGAGGACACAACGAUGUUCUUGGUGGAUGCAUCUGUGGCCCCCUGAAGGUGGUUUCAGAAAUUCGCAAUCUGCAUCAUGUUUUGGGAGGCACACUUAACCCGAACGCAGCGUACCUAAUGAUCCGAGGCAUGAAGACAAUGCAUCUUCGUGUAAAGCAACAGAAUUCUACUGCCUCAAGGAUGGCCGAAAUUUUAGAGGCACAUCCUAAGGUGAGUCAUGUGUACUAUCCAGGCCUUGCAAGUCAUCCCGAGCAUCACAUCGCCAAGCGACAAAUGACUGGUUUUGGAGGUGUGGUCAGUUUCGAGAUUGAUGGAGACAUUGAAAGAACGAUAAAGUUUGUGGACUCUCUCAAGAUUCCUUACAUCGCACCAUCUUUUGGUGGCUGCGAAAGCAUCGUUGACCAACCGGCCAUCAUGUCUUACUGGGAUCUGACACAGGAGGAGAGGCUAAAGUAUGGAAUAAAAGACAACCUGGUACGUUUCAGCUUUGGAGUUGAAGACUUUGAAGAUGUCAAAGCUGAUGUUCUUCAAGCUCUCGAAGCCAUCUGAAAGACGCUUGUCGUUUCUGUGAUCUCUUUUGUCUUCUCUCUUGCUUUUUAUCCCUCUCUAUUUCAACGGUCACUGUAAUAAUGUUGUCUUUGAACUAUUGUUCGGCGACAUUUACCGUUUCCUAAUAAACGUGGACUCUAUUUUAUGUUUGUCAGGCUAAUAAAUUUCAUUUAUAAUGUGCGCCUCGCUCUCUUAGUUAAACUUUUUAAUGGGCUAGUAGUAAAACAUAUUCUAGGUGGGGGAACAAGACGUCUUAGUCCAACCAGGUGAAGAAUCAAAGUUUUGUACCUCCUAAAGUAAC